CCGAGCCAGAGCGCCGGCUCCGCGCGCUCCCCAGCGGCCCGCGCCCCGACGGCUGCGCGCGGGGACUCCUGCGGGCCCCCCCGGGCGUCCGCGCCUCUCCGGGCGCACGGCUGCCGCCCGCCAUGCCGGGGGCCCGGCACUGAGCGCCCCCCGCGCCCCCCUGCCCGGCGCACCCGGCCGCGCUCCCAGCGCCCGGCGGGCUGCCCGGCGGCGGCGCGACGCGGGCCCCUCGCGCUCCCGGCCGGCCUCUCCCGAGCGCGUCUAUGAGCGCAGCGUUCCCGCCGUCGCCGAGGAUGAUGCAGCGCCCGCUGGGGAGUAGCACCGCCUUCAGCAUAGACUCGCUGAUCGGCAGCCCGCCGCAGCCCAGCCCGGGCCACUUCGUCUACACCGGCUACCCCAUGUUCAUGCCCUACCGGCCGGUGGUGCUGCCGCCGCCGCCGCCGCCGCCGCCCGCACUGCCCCAGGCCGCGCUGCCGCCCGCGCACCCGCACCACCAGAUCCCCAGCCUGCCCACCGGCUUCUGCUCCAGCCUGGCGCAGGGCAUGGCGCUCACCUCCACGCUCAUGGCCACGCUGCCCGGCGGCUUCUCGGCGUCGCCGCAGCACCAGGACGCGGCGGCCGCCCGCAAGUUCGCGCCGCAGCCGCUGGCGGGCGGCGGCAACUUCGACAAGGCGGAGGCGCUGCCCGGCGACGCGGAGGACGGCAAGGGCUUCCUGGCCAAGGAGGGCUCGCUGCUCGCCUUCUCGGCGGCCGAGGCGGUGCAGGCGUCGCUGGUCGGGGCUGUGCGAGGACAAGGGAAAGACGACGCGAAGGCAGAAGAUGACCCGAAGGGCAAGGAGGAGAGCUUCUCCCUGGAGAGCGAUCUGGACUACAGCUCGGAUGACAACCUCACGGGCCAGGCCACGCACAAAGAGGAAGACUCGGGCCACGCGCUGGAGGAGCCGCCUCCGAGCGCGGGCGCAGCGGGCAGCACCACGUCCACGGGCAAGAACCGGCGGCGGCGGACUGCCUUCACCAGCGAGCAGCUCCUGGAGCUGGAGAAGGAGUUCCACUGUAAAAAGUACCUCUCGCUGACCGAGCGCUCGCAGAUCGCGCACGCCCUCAAACUCAGCGAGGUCCAGGUCAAGAUCUGGUUCCAGAACCGUCGCGCCAAGUGGAAACGCGUGAAGGCCGGCAACGCCAACUCCAAGACGGGGGAGCCCUCCCGGAACCCCAAGAUCGUCGUCCCCAUCCCCGUCCACGUCAGCCGGUUCGCGAUACGAAGUCAGCACCAGCAGCUGGAGCAGGCCCGGCCCUGAGGCUUCCCCAGCCGGGACCGCCCUGCUCCCCUCCGGCCGGAACCCGCCUCCCCGACCCCAGAUUUCAAGCGAAAUUCAAGAGUCGCGCCCCCUUCCAUCCCGGCUUUGGCCACCCCCAGCACAACGGGGCUCUCCAGGAAACGGGCCGCCAAGACGGCUGUGGAAGGGGCAGAGCCGCUGGAGCUAAAUAUUUAUUGCCCCUCCUACUUCGUACAUAGAAUCUAUGUAGACUGGGGCGCAGCCGCCGUAUUUUGAAAGUUAGAGGACCCGAUCUCCCCGAGUCAUUCUGUCGUGCACAAAAACAAAACAAAACAAUCCGGAAGAAAUCCUUCCUUGGCUCGCGCUCCUUCCCUUGCUUUGGCAGAGGCCAGCGGCUGCCCAGAAGCAGACAGUCCGCGCUCACACACGUUCGUUUCUCUUCUGGCUUUUUUUGUUGGGUUCAGUUGACCGAGGAGCAGACCUUGGGUGCAGCGGAUGUGACCGUUUUUGUUUAUUUUUUUUUUUUGGCCUGGCUUUUCUUUCCUGCAGGGUUGCGGCUCCUUGUCCGACCCAUGUUCGAAGCACGUCACCGUUGUGUUUAAUUUAUUUCAAUGUAGCUUAUUUUCUUAUAAGUUAUGACAUGGAAGCAAUCUCGGUCUUGUGAAUAAUAAAAAGGAGAGA